GUGGAAAAAUCUGCCAUUCUUCCCUUGAGCAAGGCAGUUAACCCCCACAACAAAUGCUCCCCGGGUGCUGAUGACGUCGAUUAAGGCAGCCCCCCGCACCGCUCUGAUUCAGAGGGGUUGGGUUAAAUGCGGAAGACACAUUUCGGUUAAAUGCAUUCAGGUAUCCCCCUUUCCCUUAGGGUUCGGGUCAAAAGUCGUGCACUGCAUAGGGGAUACAGUGCCAGGGCACAGACAACAUAAUCAUGGGCUUGACAUCUGGGCAAUGGCUACUUUCUCCAGCACUCAGAUGGCUCGGCUGGUGAUGACCAGUCAGAUGGGCCUUAAACUGCUGCUGGUCUGCGUGCUGGCCUCCCAGUGUGGUCCAGUGAGCGGUUUUUUUGACUGGUUGAAGCCGACGCAGCCAGGGGCUCCAGCCCUCGCCCCUUCACUGGACCCUGGACUACCUGAGGGAGAUGCCCAACCGUUCGAGAUGACGGUAGCCGAUGAAAAGUUCCUAGCAGAGGCAAAAAAUAUGGAGCUCAGCCCGUUGGACAGCUGUCAUUACCGGGUGAUUGCCCAGCUGAAGUCGACCUGCGCUAGCCUAUCAGAGGAGCAGCUGGCCAAACUGGGCGUUGUCCUGUUCAACUGCCAGGCAGAGGUGGAGGGGCGUAGGACGUACCCCUGCACUGAGGACAUGUCCCUAAAGCAGUGCACAGCGGACAUGGACUCGGACACGUGGAAUGCUUACCACAUAGUGAGCAACCGGGCACGCUCCGUGUGUUACGCCACCCGUCAGCAGCACUUCCGCCGCCGGGCCGAGCUCACCGUCAACGCGCUAAUCUCUACGGCAACCAGCCAACUGGACGCCAUGAAGGACCUGAAGGAGGGUCAGCUGGAGCUGAAGGAUCUGACUUCGGCCUCCCUGGAGAGGCUGCUGGAGGGUCACAGUGCCCUGGUGGUCCAGCAGGGGGCACUGUGGGAGGGCCAGGAGCAGCUGGAGACCUCGCUCUCGUCUAACCUGGAGCGUCUUGGCCAGGAGAAGGCCCUCAUUGCCUCCGGACAGGAACUGGUGGCCCAGCUCAUCCAGGGAAUCACACACAGGAUGGAGAAUGUUAGUGAGCAGCUAAAGGAUCAAGGGUCAGAGGUGCAGGAGGGUCACAAGGCCAUUCUGGAUGACCUUGCUGAGGUCAGUGGGCGCGCAAAGGACAUCUAUAGCAAAAUAGACCACAGUAUGUCUGGGUUCCUGCAGUAUCAGAAACUGACAGCUCAGUACUACAUGGAUCUCAUGGGAAAACUGGAACGCAUGAAUGGAACCCUGGGAACCAUGCUGCGUUACCUUGACAACAUGCAGCGUUGUCUAGAAGAGAGGCUUCAUAUUAUCCAGGGUUACCUGGGCUGGGCAGCAGGUCUAAGCCUGGCUGCGGUGUGGACAUGUGUGGUGCAUGCUGGGUACUUCAUGCUGUGUGCGGUGGUACUGACGUUCCUGCGCUGUCCGUCCUUCUCCCGAGCCAUGCUGCUCUUCACAGUCCCGCUCAACGCUGUGGCUGAGGUCAACCAUCAGCCUGCCCUGGACCUGCCCAGUCUUAGCAUGCUGCUGCUCACACUGUCACUCGGUACGGGCAGGGUUUUGUGUGUGUGUUGCUGCCCCUCUCACUGGAAACCACAAAAGGGCUACUGGUUGGCGAUGCAGGUGUUGUGGGCGUGUUCUCAGAUGAGAGGAAAGAAGAUCCCCAGGCUGCUCCCCAAUCAGAAGACCCUGGAACCAGAAAGCCACCACUACCCCCACUCCUGUGGCCCAUCCUCCUCCACCCCCCAGAGAGAUGAGCUGGAUGGUCUCAUGGAGCCAGGAGACCUGCUGGACCAGGACAGCUUCAUGACUGGUGACCCCUGCAUAGCAGCAUUGUCUCCCUCCCAUGCCCACUACAUGGCUGAGGCCAGGUUUGUGCCUGGUAUGGGCUCACUGAACCACUCUACUCCCAGGUUCAAGUGUCGGCCUAGUCUCUCUGCGGCUGUCCUAGGUCUGCCCCAAAGGAACCUGGGAGGAAUGAUGGAUGCAGUGAGCAAAUCACAGAGCGCCAGCCCCAACCAAUCCCUGGCCAGCAACAGCUCUGUGUCUGGUCGUCAGCUGUGUAAUGGCACUACCAGGAUGGGACAGCAAUGUAAGAAGUGGGCGGUGCUAGGACAGGAGUACUGCCACGUCCAUGAGGGUGGCUAUACCUCCUACAACCGCCUCUGAACAACACCCUGGCUGUGUUCCAAAUUGUACCCUAUUCCUAAUACAGUGCACUACUUUUGACCAGGGCCAUAGGGCUCUUCUCAAAAGUAGUGCAUUAUGUAGGGAAUAGCCUGCCAUUUGAAUGCACGCCCUGCUACCCCCAACCCCUUCGUCCAUCCACCAGGGGCAAGUUCAGUAGGAGAAAACGUUUUGAAACGAGAAAUCGUACCAAUAAGAACAGAUUUUUGUUGCAAAACGUUUUGCUAGUGUACCCAACUGAACAAGACCCUUAACACCCUCCCAGGAAGUAUUUGGGCUAUUCUCCUAUUCUUUUAUUUUAAAAUUUGUUUAAUCAGGCUGUUACCCUAACAGUAAGAGAAACCAUGGUAUGUCUGUAGUGUCUAAAGCAAUGACCAGUUGUCAUGUGUAUGAACUUUUUUUAUGUCUGUGUGGAUGAAAGCGCGUUCCUGUGACAUCCUGAAGUAGGAUACUCCCUGGCUGUAAAUGUGAAAGUAAUGUGAUAAAGCUGAUGUUACUGAAUUCUACAAGGGUUUAUGGAGGCAGGAUUGUUUGCUUUUUAUCAUGAUUUAUGGACCGUGUGUACAAGAUACCGACCAGUCUCUUUUUAUUUAUUUUUUUUUAAAUCUAUUUUUUGAAUCUUUUUAUUUUUUUUAGGGUGUGUAGAUUUGUCAUUUGCAUCCGAGUUAUGUAGAGGACAAAGGAGGUGAAUUAUGACUUUCACUUAAGAUGAAUUUUCCUUGAGUCAUGUAUUGAUGUCAUUGAGAGACUAAGUGAAAUUUCGCGUAAAUGGAAGUAAAGAUUUGCCCGUAAAGCACUAAAUUGCACUCAUAAAUUACUGACUUGACUAACGGUUGGGAAUAUUAUUUGUGCUUUUCUGAUCUUAAAUGUAUUUCAUUUUUUUUAAGCUGCCUGUCAAAGGCAAAUGUUUUUGUAUGAAGGGCAUAUCUAUUGUUUGGAUUUUUAAAAAUUAAUAAUAAAAUAUCAGUAAUGCAAAGUUUGUAAACAUUUGUGUGAAGGGCAUAUUUCAAAGUCAAUUGGUCGCGCACACCAAUACGCAGGUGCAGCGAAAUGCUUGUUACUAGCUCCAACAGUGAAGUAGAAUGUCUCACAAAUAACCAAAUUUAAAAAAAUGACAGAUCAAGUCCAAUUAACAAUCAUGAGUAGAUAUAUGAGUGAGCAUGUCAGAAUCCAGAAUGUAUUUUCCAUUAUGGGCAUCUAGAUGAAGUAUGGAACUAAAAUGGGGACAAUGGAAACUAUGUAAAAUGUUUGUCUUAAUGGAAAUAAAGCAAAGAGGACAAUUCAAUGAU